GGCAGGAGGUAUGCUGCCUUGGGCAUGUGUCUGGAAACCUGCACCCCGCCCAGCAACAGCCCUCUGCGUCCUUAGCGACCCAGCCAGGAGGGAGCUGCCUCUGCCCGAGAGGCAGGUCUGUGAUUGGCCGACUCUGGGGCUGCAACACCCCCGCCCCGCCUGGUCCCGCAGGUCUGGGUAGGUCAGCUCCUCGGGAGAGGCACAGCACCUCUGAACUGCUUGUCUGCCGAAUAGCCACCUCCUCCUCGGAUUAAGGGGAUUUUUGAGAGGAAUCAUGUCUUCAGUUCAGAAGGCUCCUCAAGGAUCAGAUGCAAUGCCUGAAAUAGUGGUGAAAAUCAUUGGAAGUAAACAUUUUCGAUACCUUGUGGAGAAGCCAAAGAUCAGGGAUCAUGAGAAUCUGAAAGCAGAACCUGCAACUGUGCUCCAGAAAAGUGAGACUGGUAAUACAGGCAUCAUGAACAGAGACCCCCCAGUUCCCACUAAUCCCACUGAUCACCAAACUCAUCAUGUCGCAAGUGAUGUGAAAGAGAGCAAGCACCAAGACAACCAGCAACUCCAAUCAGAAGUACAUAGCAUGAACAGGACCAGAUUUCUGGAUGGUAAAAUCCGCGGCCAGGCAAAUGUCUACUGUAGCUCUGUACCAAGUGGAGACCAGUCUCUGUCCUACAUCCAUGGCCUCCCCAGGAGAAAUUUUAGAGACUGGUCCUUGGAGCAGAUGAUGAGAAACAAUUCUGACCAACCUGAGGAUAUCCAGAGGCCGAGUGGAACAACAAGAGAAGACACUUUCCUGCUUGCCCUGGUCCAAAGAGAACUCAAGUCAUGUCCUUUGAGUUCUGACUUAGUAGAUAAGCUUCAGAAAGAGCUGAAGAUCCUAGAUCCUAUCUCUUCAGGAUUUCUUCUUCAAUCUCAGCUGAGUUGCCUCUUCUUGAAGCAUGGAGUUCCUCUACAGUUACCAACAAUCAAGAUCCUAUGUCAGAGAUUUUCUCAGCAGGACUCCCCUGAAAUGGUUAAUUAUGGAAAAGUACUCUGGUUUUUAAAAGUUGCAUCUUCAGAUGAGUCACAGCAAAGCAAAAGAGUUGUGGAUAGCAGUCUGAGGAAAAUUCAGGGUUCUACCCUUCAGCGCCAAAGCAGCCCUGUUCCAGAAGACUCUAACCCACAGUCAGCAGCAAACCAGAGCCUGUUAGAGAUCUUAAAGAUGGCACUCAGGACCACCAGUGGCAAACUCAACAUAGAGAACCUCAAUCUGAGUUUUCGAAAAGAAGACCGCUCAUUCUCUGGGUGCCUGCCUCCACCCAAGGUCAGAGCUAUCUGUGGGAAGCAUGGAUUAUAUCUGACUUUGAGCCUGUUAGAAACACUGCUUAGCUAUCAAGAUUUGGGCUACCAUGAUGAAAUAAAAUGGAAGAAAUUUAUUGAGUUGCUAAACAGAGCUUCCUCUGACUUGUCAUCUGAUAUGCCAACAGGAAAGAAAGCAAAGGAAAUCUCUGCUACUCCAGUGCCAUCUGGAGUUCCUGAGAUGUCUCAGAGCAGAACUGGACAUACGAAAACAUCAGAAGAGCUGCUGGAGCCAGAAAGCCCUCCUGCUGAUACUUCAACACAGAAAGAACCUUUGAACUCUCUGAAGAUCAGGCCAGUCUCUCAGCCCUUUGCAACACCAGUGAUGAAGAAUGAAUCUGAAGAAUGUGAAACAUGGAUCGACAGGUUCCGGAAGCUAGAAAAUGCCCUCUACCUGUGUGAUCUCAGCCAUACAGGAGUCCUGGAGAGGGAACGAGCCAAACGCCUCAUUCACAACUACAAUCUCAUUUACAACCUGUCCCUGAGCCCUCGGAAAAUCGACCAGGCCUUGCGCAGAUUCCGUGCGGGAGAAAACAUGCUCUUGGAGCCAGCACUUCGGUACUUAAAGGAGCUAUGAUAACAAGCCCAUAUUGUGGGAACAGAUGUUUCCUUUAUCUCCCUUUUUACCCCGACACGUGUUUCUCCCCAGCCCGAGUGUAAGGGAGGAGGCACUGUCAGAGUUGAGGCUGAUGCAGCUCUUGUAGACACUUUGGACUUGCACUUGGUUUCUGGCCAUGAUAGUCGUUCACGAGCAGCUCAGAGAGGUCAGGUCUUCACUUCUGAGGUGGCAGGAACCCAAUUACUUAAAAUCCCCUUCUGUUCUAAUAAACCUUG